UUCACCGGAAGGUUUCACCGGUGCUUCGUGUCUGAUGCCAUUAAAAAAAAACCUGGUUCCUUUCGGCGCUAGCCGUGCAGCUAACCCCUGGGCUCGGACGGAUUGUAUCUUGAAUCUGGCUGCUUGUUGUAGGCGCGGAGACACAAAGCUGCAUGACACCCCCCUCUGUGGCCGGGUCACAGUUAACUCAGCUCGAUGAGGGUUCAGAUUAACGCCGAGCUGCGCUGUUUGAGCCGGGAACUAGCGUAGAGAGAGGACUCAAAGUGAGGGUAAAUAAUGGCAUUAGAGCCGGCGGACUAAAGGCGUCAGUGCGGUCAUGUGAGCCCAGCAGCAGGCUCGGUCCUGCGGGUUCUGAUCGAGCAGGUCCACGUUGCGUCCCGGAGGGAGGAGACUGAGGAACAACUGUGUCAGCUGGUGUCAGUUAGAGACUGAGCUCCUCUGCAAGGCUGCAUUAGCACCACUUCAGCAGGCAGAGCCGUGGAGAUUAGAGCCGAUGAGGAACUGUGAACUCGUUCUGUGUGCGAUCGUUCACGCAACUCUUCAUUUCAACAUUUGUUACCCUCCACUGUUUGCUCAUGAGCUGCUGGACUUUGUGCGGAUCACUUUUAUGUACCGUUAUAGAGGACGAUGGCUAAAAGAUAACCUCAACUGACACAUAUCCUCAGCCCCACCUUCCCCUCCUGCAGCUCUUCGGCCCGUCAGAUUUCAUGGAAGGCAUACGUCAUGUUUUUAAACUGACCGUCUGUCCUCCUCCUCAACUUAUACACAAAAUGAAAUCAUAAUCAUGUGAUUAGCCACAAACUCCCAGCACACCUGGAGUUAUUACUUUGAUUUGUGCCACUCUGGUCCCAUCAUCAUCUCCCUACCAAAUCCUUUUUUUUAGUGUUGUUGGGCCAUGGUUCGCACAAAAGGUUCUAUCAUACUAUGUGGUGCUUUCCUGUUUGUGGCCUGGAAUGCUUUGCUUCUGCUUUAUCUUUGGGGCCGACCUCCCAUUGGCCGCCCUGGAGAGGGCGGCGGAGCCGAGCCCGGCGGAAAGGAGGAGUGGGGCGUUGGCCGAGAGCGAGUAGGCCGGGUUAACCUCGCUGAGGAGAUGAUCCGGCUGGCGGAGGAGGUUGAAGUCCAGCUGGAUACUCAGAAGAAGCUGCUAAAGCAGAUUGAAAGUCACAGAUCGGCGUGGGCUCAACAGGAGAGUGUUGGGAAAAGGGAAGUGGAUUCUCUGAAAAAAGUGAAAGAGGUGGUCAUCCAGCCGCCGGCGCUUAAAACUCCAGGUUUUCUUUUAAAUGAUCUAAAUACUGGACAGCAAACUGAUGGGAAAACUUCACAAAAACUGGAUUGGACAGCAGCUCCCAGCUCCCCCUUUAAGGACUCCCAGGAGAAGAUUGUGAACGCUGAAGUGACGACUCCUGCACCCGGCCCAGAAUCCAUCAUCCCCAUCCUGGUUAUCGCCUGCGACAGGGUGACGGUGAGGCGGAGCCUCGACAAACUCAUUCAGUACCGCCCUUCUGCCCAACUGUAUCCAAUCAUUGUUAGCCAAGACUGCGGCCACGCCGAGACGGCCCGUGUGAUCGGGUCAUACGGAGAUCAAGUGACGCACAUCAGCCAACCAGACCUGUCGGACAUCAGAGUCAGGCCAGAGCACAGGAAGUUUCAGGGCUACUACAAAAUCGCCAGACAUUAUCGAUGGGCACUCAACCAAGUGUUCAGAACCUUCUCUCAGUCCACGGUGGUCGUAGUGGAGGACGAUCUAGAGGUGGCACCGGACUUUUUUGAGUAUUUCAGAGCUCUGUAUCCCAUCUUACGCUCUGACCCCAGCCUUUGGUGUGUUUCUGCCUGGAACGAUAACGGCAGAGAUGCUUUGGUCGACUCGUCCAGAUCUGAUCUGCUUUAUAGAACAGACUUCUUUCCCGGCCUGGGUUGGAUGCUGCUGAAAGAGAUGUGGGACGAACUGGAACCAAAGUGGCCCUCGGCCUUCUGGGAUGACUGGAUGCGCCAACCUGAGCAGCGCAGGAACCGCUCCUGCAUCCGGCCUGAAAUCUCUCGAACGAUCACCUUUGGCCGGAAAGGUGUCAGUUUAGGUCAAUUCUUUGACCAAUAUCUUCGCUACAUUAAGCUAAACACUGAGUUUGUGCCUUUCACUAAACAGGAUUUGUCUUAUUUGCUAAAAGAGAACUACGACAAAACAUUCAUCAAAGAGGUUUAUAGUGCCACGUUGGUGAAGAUUGAAGACCUACAACAAGGGGGCAGGUUAAGAGGACCUGGACCGUACAGGGUGAAGUACUCCAGCAGGGACAGUUUUAAAGCUUUUGCUCGAAGCUUGGGGGUGAUGGAUGACUUAAAAUCAGGAGUACCUCGUACAGGUUACAGGGGGGUAGUUAGCUUCCUGCACCGGGGCCGAAGGGUGUUCUUGGCUCCACCAGACGGGUGGACGCAUUAUGACAUCAGCUGGAGUUGAGAGUCUUUCAGACUGAGUAUAAGAGGAGUUGAAGAGGAACGACCUCUCAGACCAAAGAAUAUCACAGGCACAUUAGGGGGGUAAAGCCUCCCUGUGGGGCUGCACAUCAGAUACAGAGUGAUUCAGAGUCUAAACCUAGAGAAAAGCAGCCAGAAGCUGUUUCAGAUCAGCAGUUGGCGCUGUGCCUUGGUUUCUGGGCCCAGUUGGUUUUAUCACAUGCAGAUACUCACAGCAAAAGGAAACAACCAGAAACAGUUCAGGAACCACAAGGCCAGUCCCUUUUUAGUUUUGUUCUUCAUUUAAAACUGUUGGCAUCAAAAUUUAAGGAGAAAAAAGCAGCAUUUGUUUUUAUAAACUUUCCUCUCAUGUUGAUCUCCUUGUUGAAGACUAUUUUUUUGGCACAUUUACCAAAACCAAAAAAUAAAUCCUACAACCUCUAAAAUCUGACGUCACUCCAUGUUUACAUUUUGUGAAGAAGGAAGUUGCGUUCACUGUCUUCUGAAUUCUUCAGUGGUUCUUGGAGCAGCGCCACCACAGGGGGGUUAGGUUGUUCACAGGGUUUAGUUUGUUUGACAAAGUGCAGUGUGAAGUGAACCAAACCAGCUGAAAAUGUAAACAAAUCUUGUAAUUUUGAUCCCUAAUCGAACCGUGUCUACCGGACUAUCAGGUGAAUACAACCUAAAUGAUCUCCAUUUCCAGGGUGGAAUAUUU